GUGUCUCCAGCGCGGAGCGUCUCCACGCGGCGGGGCUGGCGUUGGCGCUGGCGCUGGAGGCAGACUUGGGUUGGUUGUCAGCUGCUGUCGCCUAGACGUCCGCCUGGAGCAGAUGGAGGCAGCCUGCGGCCGCUAGCAGGAAGCCAGCAGCUGAGAGGCCAGGGCAACUCUGGGACCUCCGCAGCUGCCACCAGUGGGGCAAGACGACCGGGCUUUAAGAGAGAGAUGGCGUUUAAUGAUUGCUUUAGUUUGAAGUAUCCUGGCAACCCCCGGCCAGGGGACUUGAUUGAAGUGUUUCGUCCUGGCUAUCAGCACUGGGCCUUGUACUUGGGUGACGGCUACGUCAUCAACGUAGCACCUCUAGAGGAUGGCAUUCCUGCAUCAUUUACAAGCGCCAAGUCUGUCUUCAGUAGGAAGGCCCUGGUGAAGAUGCAGCUGUUGAAGGAUGUUGUGGGAAAUGACACAUAUAGAAUAAACAAUAAAUAUGAUGAAGCAUACUCCCCUCUCCCCACGGAAGAAGUCAUGCAACGGUCAGAGUUUGUUAUCGGACAGGAGGUGGAGUAUGACGUACUGGUCAACAACUGUGAGCAUUUUGUGACUUUGCUUCGCUAUGGAGAAGGAGUUUCAGAGCAGGCCAACAGAGCAAUAAGCACCAUUGGGUUUGUGACAGCCGCCGCCAGUGCCUUCUCAUUCCUGGGCUUGUUCUCAAAGAGACAAAAAGCGAAAUAUGUUAACAGUUUACUGAAGAGGUAUUGGAACUGAAGGAAUUUGUGAGGAGGGGGAAAGGAAAACCUGGGAGGAAUGCUUAUUUUCAAUGUAUCAUUAUUGUUUCAAACCCCAAUGAUGGAUGGCAAGUUCUUUAAUAAAUUGCUUAGUGAUAUUAUCUCAUCACUGAGCCAAGGAAAUUUUGCUCCCUGCUAGCGUAGAUUUUCUGUGGCAGCCUGAACAAGAAGCAGUAGCCUUUAGAGUGAGCCAGCAGAAGAUCUUAACAAAAUCACAUUACCUUAUCUUCUACUAUAAAUAUUAUUUUCCUUUUCCCUGAGGGUGGCUAUUUUGUAUUUGCCAGAGGGAAGAAGAGAAGAUUAUAUGUGAUUUUGA